GCAGGACAACAGCAGCAGCAAAAAACUUAAUUUCAUCCACAAACAUGCCUGCUACUUCAGAGAUCCACACCGAGGAGCUGCACCGGGAGGCCGGCUUGGAGAAGCAGAAGGGCACACAGACGGAGGAGGAGAAGAAAGAGAAGAAGAAGAGCUCGUUUGGUUUAUUUUGUGAUGAACAAGGUUAUCUGGAUCAGAUUGAAUAUAUUCUGCAGCAGGGCCUCAGGAAGGGGGAUCGCACCGGGACUGGGGUCGUGUCUGUGUUUGGGUCUCAGGCCAGAUACAGUCUCCGAGAUCAGUUUCCGCUGCUGACGACCAAGAGAGUGUUCUGGAGAGGAAUCCUUGAAGAGUUGCUUUGGUUCAUCAAGGGAUCCACGAACGCUAAGGAGCUGUCGGAGAAAGGAGUAAAGAUUUGGGAUGCAAACGGCUCUAGAGACUUCCUGGACAAGAGCGGGUUCACAGACCGAGAGGAGGGCGACCUCGGACCCGUGUACGGUUUCCAGUGGAGGCACUUUGGAGCCGAGUACACGAACAUGCACGCAGAUUACUCGGGACAAGGCGUCGACCAGCUGCAGAAAGUCAUCGACACCAUCAAGAAGAAUCCAGAGGACAGACGGAUCAUCAUGUGCGCCUGGAAUCCCAAAGACCUGCCCUUCAUGGCUCUGCCCCCCUGCCACGCUCUCUGUCAGUUCUACGUGUGUGACGGCGAGCUGUCGUGUCAGCUGUACCAGCGCUCGGGUGACAUGGGCCUCGGAGUGCCGUUCAACAUCGCCAGCUACGCUCUGCUCACCUACAUGAUCGCACACAUCACCGGACUCAAGCCGGGCGACUUCGUUCACACUCUGGGAGACGCUCACAUCUACAUCAACCACAUCGAACCUCUUAAAGUACAGCUCCAAAGAGAGAUCAGACCCUUCCCCAAACUGAAGAUCCUGAGGAAAGUGGAGAGCAUCGACGAUUUCCGUGCUGAAGACUUUGAAAUCUGUGACUAUAACCCUCAUCCCACCAUCAAGAUGCAGAUGGCUGUUUAAAAGCCCAACUUUAAGAUUAUUAUAAUAGAGAGCUAUAUUAUAUAUGGUUAUUUUCAAUGAGGAAAACACUUUCAUUAUCACUCUUGUUUUAAAAUAGUUCUGCUUCAUUUAAC